CUUUUGUGGAUUUUUUCGGACGUUGUCGUGACUCGACAAGAGGCAGAGAUGUCCACUCCGAAUAAUCUUCAAGCCUUGCUGGCUUCUAUUCGGCCGCGCCCCUCGCCAACCAAUGGAUCUGGACAAGAAGCUGGUCAGCAUCAGCGCCCCGUUCAUCCUGGCUAUGCGCAGUCCGCGCAGUACACGCAGCAGCCCCAGCAGCCCCAGCAGCACCAGCAGCACCAGCAGCACCAGCAGCAUCAGCAGCAUCAGCAGUCGCAAUACCAACAACACCCUGGCAUGUUCCCACAUCAUCCCCAGUACCCACAAUUCGAUGGCCGACACGAAUUGCCUCACGCCAUGCACCAUCCGGACAUGAUUCGUUAUCAGGAUCAUUACGACAUGCACGGAUAUCAUCAUCCAUCUGUGGCAUCGGCGGUUCAGAGUCCUGCCCCGAUGAACCCGAUGAACACCCCUCCUCAUCAUGGCUCCGAUAUCAUUAGUCCAAACGUGCCUUCCCCUCGUCCCGAUUUCAACCCGUAUCCGCCAACAAAUCAAUCAGACAGCGCCGCCAAUUUGCUUAAUCUCCUGAGAUUUAGCCAGGGCUCUGGUGCUGCCAUCCCGCCGGCUGUUGCCUCUAUGGCUUCGGAACAAUCACGGUCUCCCCCAGUUGAGGACAUAGCUGCUUCCUCUUUGCAGGGACGACACAUGUCCUCAUCAAACUUGCUUGCUUCGAUGCUUGACGGGAGUGGAGCUUCUGCUCCGGUUCCUGAUCCUGAAGUUACGGCCCCUGCUCAGGAAGAUGGUGCUCCUAGCGAUCGGACUCAGAACAUGUUGCUUCGCCUGCUCAACCGAUCUAAGGUUUUUGAUGGGCCACCGGAAGGUGAAAUCUCAGUCGCAUCAAACCAGUCAGUGGUGGAGAUCACCCGUGAGGCGGAGCCAUUGAAGACCAAUGACAUUCUAACGAAACACAUCGAUUCUUCUGUCGGAAUUGCGAAACCGGAAACGGUCGUGUCUCCCUCGGCUUCUAAGGAAUCGAUGUUCACUUACAUCAACCCUUUCGAUCAGCUGGCUGCCAUCUCGCCUGGCACCAAAUCUCCCCAGCCCAGUUCAUACGGCGGGGAAGACGUAGCGGCUGAUGCCGUUGAAGGUACGCAGGAGCUGGAGGUUGAUCCUUCCGCCGAUGCUGAGUCUUCUCCAGCUAUCGAUUACGUACGUCCAACCGAAACUCAUGGCGAAAAUAAGUCUUUUAUCUCCGGAGAGAGCGGCCAAGAAGAUCAAGAAGAGGAUGAAGAAGAAGGCGAAGAUGAAGCCGAAGUUGAAGUUGAUCAUGGUUAUACGCCAUCUACAAAGCCUGCGGAGGCCGAGCUCGAAGCUGAAGUGAAAGCCGAAGCUCUUGCUGCGGAGCCGACGGAAGCAGUGAUCUCGUCGAUCGCCGAUCAUUUGCGAGAGACUGUCAUUGAGCCUCAAGAAGUUGCUGAAAUGCCUCGGUCGGUUGCAUCUGCAAAGAAAUCAGAUAUCGAUAUCACUGCCAUCGCUCCUCCUAAGAUUCAGCAUGAUGCUGUCGAGGCUUUGGCUGACAGCUGGGAAAGUGCAGAGGAUAGUGCCGAGAAGGAAGAAGUACGCAUCGUAUGCGUUCGCAACUUCCCUCUGCGGCCGUUCAUCUCUGUUGUUGUCAAACCACAGACCGGGAAGAUCGUGUCUUUCCGUGACGAUGCAGUAAUGGAUAUCGCCCGCCUUAAGAAAGAGUUCGAUCAGCUGGACCGCUCAUUGACUGCCGCCACAUCCGAGUACAUCGUGUAUGCGCUUGCCAAGACGGGUGGAAUUCGAAUCAUUCGUCAGGACGACGGCAGUGACCGACAAGUCUUCCGAUCUACUCGAGACCGUGUCUUCAAUGUCUCGUUGUGCUCGUCUAUCGCUGCUGCGGGACAAUCUGAUGUGCAGGCCAUCCUUGGUAUCGGUGUAAGCGGCUCUGUGUACUGGUCUUUGAUCUCAAGGGAGGGCAAGGACCUCUUUGAAAUGGAUGCGCUGGAGAGCGAAAGCCUCAUAUUCCCACCUUUCCCUGCCUCGGACGAGAACACCUCUGGUGGUCAGCUGAAAACGCGGGCCAAGCAGAGUACUCGUCAUGCGGAUCUCAUUGCCAUCGGACGUGGCAAGUGUAUUUAUGUUGUCUCUCCUCAGGCCGCGAUGAACGCCACCUACGGUGUCUCUGGCACUCAACGCACGGUGAACACAGAGAAGUUCUUCAAGGAGCGUGCUUUGAAGAUCUCCACUGGCAAAGCUGGAAAGGACUUUGCCUUCAGUGGUGAUGACACUGUUAUUGCGUCUCUUGACAAGACCGGUCGUUUGCGCUUCUGGGAUAUUCGGGGUCUGCUAGAUAGCGACAGCUUCGCUGAGGGCCCUGUGCCGAAUGAGGUGCGGGUUCCUUUGAACACAUUCGUGACUGGCUCUCCGGCAGAGAAGUCCUGGCCCACGUCAGUACUCUUCGUUGACAAGCUGCGUCCGUACUCACGAGCAAAUGCCCUUCGUUACGUUCUCGUGGGACUCAAGCAAAACCACACCUUGCAGCUCUGGGAUAUUGGGCUCGGUAAGGCCGUGGGAGAGGUGAAUUUCCCUCAUGAGAAUGAAUCCGACGCUAUCUGCAGCGUGGCAUUCCAUGCGUCGUCUGGUAUCAUUGUAGUUGGACACCCCACUCGCAAUUCGAUUUAUUUCGUGCAUCUGUCGGCGCCAAAGUACAACUUGCCUAGCAUGUCGCAAGCUGCGUUUAUCCAGGCUGUUGGGGACAAGGACAGCGCCUUGCCCAAGCCAGAUUCUACUGCAUGCCUCAGCGGUAUUCGGGAGAUUUCACUAGGUGCCAAGGGUCAGCUUAGAAGUCUUGAGCUACUACCAGUGUCAAAGACUGGUGUGGAUAAGCGUGCUUCGGAGGAAAGCGAUCUGUUUGAAUUGUAUGUGAUGCAUUCACGUGGAGUGACUUGUCUUAACAUCAAGAGAGAUGAUUUGGGUUGGACUUCAGAUAACAAAGUAAUUUCUCCGAUCGAUGCCCUGGAGGAAGGUUCUAUUGAAGUCCGUGACCUUCAAUCUUUCCCGCCUUCAAUGAGUGAAGAACCUUCAGUGAAUGGUGAUGCGCCGUCUCCAGUGACACGCAGCUCAAAGGACCAAAUCAAGAAAAACGACGUGCUCGAAUCAUCUGUUCCCAUUUCUUCCUCACGCAACCUCUCUUCUUCACGCAACCCCCUCUCCUCCUCGCGCAACCUUUCUCCCACCAAAUCUUCUCCCAAGAAAAAAUUGGUUGACGAGCAACGUGAAUCAGUUGUUCUUCCCAGCAGUUCCGAGAAGGUCGACAAAAAGAAAAAGAAGAAGACCUCUUCUGACGCAAUUGCCAAACCCCAAGACCCCACUUCUACUGCUGGCGUUGAACCCCUUCCUCCUUUCGCUUCCCCUGAAGAACUUCAAUUACUUCUUAAUUCCUCGGUCGCUUUGCGCGACCCCCGCUCUACCGAUAUGGUUUCUUCCAUGUCCAACUCUGAUGACCUUGUGAGCCUCCUUGAUCGCGUGCGUGAAAAUAUCACUCGGGACGUGCAAUACUCCCUCGCGGGUUCUAUCUCCAGCCUCGUCUUGCGCAUUGAGGAUGAGCGUCACAUCUGGGGUGAUACCAUUCUCGACAAGAUCGACGAAGAUCGACACCACUGGAUUGCCGCCUCUAAUGCCAAGCAGGAAAGUCUGCUGCGUCUUGUCUCCGAUAAAUUGGACCGAGAUAUUGAAAGCACCUUCCGCCGCAUGACCGACGAGACCAUGUCGAAUCAAGUCAUCCCUGCCAUCAACUCCGAGAUGGAAAAGAUCCUGAAGAGCAUCCCCCGUGCCAUCAAGUCCACCCUCCAAGAAUCGGGCUUGAUCAACGCCGUCGCGGAUGGUAUGUUGGAGUGUCUUGGUGGGCCCAUCAACAAUGAGGUUUCCAAGGCCCUCGACAAGGCUUUCGAGAAAACCUUCGCCCCCUUCAAGAGUGAUUACCUCGCCGGCUCUCAGGAGGCCCUCGAUAAUGCACAGGCCCGGAUCGAAUUCCUGGAGAACGCCCGAGAGGACGACCGUCUGGCUACGGCAAAGAUGCAGGACAAACUCGAUAACAUGGAGCAAAUGAUGCGUUCCAUGAUGACCAUGAUGAGCCAACAGACUGUUGAUGCUCAAUCUACCAACAUUCCGGCCACCUCGAAUGGCACCGCGGCAACCUCGGCCCAGCCUACCGCUGCCCCCCAGGACCCUCGCCUGUCCCACCACCGGCAGACCGCCCCCUCUCCAGCUCCAGCUCAGAUGACUCCCAAUGUCUCAAGCCUGGCUGAAGAGAUCAACGAGAUUAGCCGCCUGCUUGCGGCUAAUCCCCCUCAAUACGAGGAGGCCAUUGUUCGGUGGAUCCGCUCUGAGCGCCAGUCUGAGAUAUUCGACCAGUAUCUCUUCCAGAUGGAGCCGUCUUUCCUGACUCAGCUCCAGCCGCUCACCAACCUUUCGGUCGGCACGGUCGUGAGCUCCUCCUGGAAGGGGAAGACCAUCACCCGCCUGAAUUGGCUGAAGCUGGUCCUGAGCUGCGUCAACCUCCAGGACGCGGAUGUUCGUGGUGUUCUGCCGCCGGUGUUGAACCUGCUGGCCACUCGGUUGGGCGAGGUGUACUCGGCAAUCUCGAGUGGGAGCCCCAAUUCCCCUGUCCUGCGGGACAUCGCCCUGCUGAGUCGGCAUGUGCACGACCUGCACCGCCGAGUGGCCGUUUAG